GGCUAAAGUGAUCCCCAUCAAGGCUGCGGGGGUGCACCCCCGCCUCAAGAGGGUUAUAUGACUUCAUAUCAACAGAGUAUAAGCAUAACACAAAUUCUUUUUACGGCAUGUAUAUGUCAAGUUUGUAAGCUGAUGCCUCCACUAUUGGUGUUUCUACUUCUGCAUCAAGGGCUAUCUUAUGUCUUCAUGUUUAUUCUCCUGUCACCAAGGCUAGCAUACCAACUUCUUAACAUAAUAAUUGAUACCGAGCAUAUGUUCACCUAUGCCACAUUCCCCAGAUCCUACUAUAAAAAACAGUGGCUGCAGUUCCAGGUCUCGCUCGGGUCAGGGUCCCUACUGCAGCCAAGCGGGGUGGUUCAGCAACAUGCAGCCCGAGAAGAUCCCCUAGACGAUCGACCGGUACACGGCCGAGAUGCGCGGGGUGAGGGCGUCCUGGACUCGGUGCUUCAGAAAGAGACGCUGCAUUGUCAAAAUAUAGACAAAAACAGUAUAUCAACUCAAUCAACGGAUUGGUAUAAAAGAGAAAGAAAAAAACAUACAACAGUAGGGAUUCGCUGGUGGUCACCCACCCAACUACUAACCUACCGGCGUGUGGCUUAAGUACGGCUGAGCGGACGGGAAGCCCUGUUUUCCACACCCUGUGGUCGUAUGUAAUGGUACUGU